UGAUUAACCUUAUCAAAUAAUAUGGGACGGUUUUAAGAUUAACGUAAAAUGAAUUGUUUUAUCUUAAAAUGCCCUCUAUACUAAUAUGAAAAAGAGGACAACAUUUAAUACAUAUUAGACCUUCUUAUUGAGAAGUUAUUUCAACUCUUUCUAUCUAUUUCCUUAUAAUAUAGAUUGGCAUAGAUAUUGGAUAUUAGUCAAGAUAUAGAAGAUAAGUGUCACGUAUGAAAGAAAGGAAGGUGGAAACCAACAACUUUCAUUUCAAGUAAAAAUUGGCCAUGAAGGUACUUCUCUUGCUGUUACUAGGUACACUUUAUAACGACGAAGUGGAAUCCAAGUGCAGUCCUCUGCUAAUGUGUCCGACAUUUUGCAUGAAGGUACAAAAAGGUUGCUAUGUCUGCGAUUGUGGUACAUUUUCUAAUUAUUUACGCCAAGCAUCUGAUAAAAUGGCUGACAAAUCUAACACACAACAACAACAACAAACAGGAACGAGAUUGAGUUCAUAUACCUCAGGAUAUGGAGUGUCUCGAAAUUCGAAUGACAUGUUUAAGUCGAAUAAUGACCAACGAGUGCAAGACUAUACAAACAUGAUGAAACUAGGAUUACAGUUCAUGAAUGUUCAGUCACAGCCAAUUGUUCGACAAAAUGUAGGACUUGAACAUCCAGGACUCACAAGUUAUGACCACAAAUAUGAGAACAUGCCAGGCAUGAAUUGUAUACCAGUUGAUUCCAGGUGCCCAUCCUCCUGCUGGAACACCAACGUCUUCACCGGAUGUAUUCACUGCGCAUGCGGUGAUGGCCAACCACAAAUCCCAACUAUCGAAUCAACAAAAAGUUUAGGAAUAUUCGAAAAACAUACCACAUCUGUUGUAAAGCAAUUCGAAAACCACAGUAGUUAUGGCGGUGAAUUAGUAACUACAACAGCUUCUCCCCAGGAGCGGAUAACAACGACAACAGAUAAAGACGAGCAUGUAAAAGACACUAUAUCUACGACACUACCUUACAACUUGCCAUACUUUCAUCACUUUAAAAUUCCUACCAAACCACCGACCCACCGAAUUCUUGGAGAAGCUGAGAAAACUUCUACUGAAAUUGCAAAUAGAGUUUCCGGGGAAGGUGUUACAAUGCAGCCCAGUGGUCAUCUGAUACCCACACUGUUCCCACCGAACAGGUCAUCUGUCCCGACACAUUCUCCCUUUGAUAGAAAAUUGAUCUUACAUGAAACAAAGGCGUCUAUGAACGAAAACGAACAAUACAAUGUGGCCACAGGAAUAAGAAGUACAUUACCUACUCAUGUUGAAUACCCUACUCCAGUUCUUAUACCGGAAACUAGCCAGUCUGUCCAGCAAUAUACAUGGAUACAAUUUCCUACAAAUAAAAUGCUCGAUCAACAAUUAAAAAACAAUUUUCCCGAAGAAUUGACAGCUAAAUCCAUGGCCACUGACCACUUCCGUGAUAAUACUAGCAAUACUACGAUAAAUAUACAGCACCACAUUAAACAGCUGGAUUCCUCUGGUAUAUUAGAAUCCCUACUAACGCCGUUAGAUACGGCGACAGAAAAUGAGGACCUUACAGCGGCAAAUUCCACUCAACAAAUCCUCGUGAAUCAAUUAAUGCCAUUUAUAGGUCAUGAUGAUAAUUUGACUGGUGACACCAGUUCAAAAGGUGUGAUUAACCAUAUAGGGUUUUAUGGUCAUAUUAAAACAGGAUGAAUGACAAUAGCAAAACACGCUAAAAAUAUGAUGUUAAAAAAUUCUGAAAAAAAAAAUGUACGAGGUGAGGGCGGACAGUUGGUAGGAAAUGGUUAAUAAAUGUAAAUUAAUCUGCUUUAAUAGAAUCUCGGUGUAUCAUAGCUUUGAUUCAGAUUAUAUUUAAAGGCGAAAAAGUACUUAAAAAGUAAUAUUUUCAAAGACACAUUGUUUAUAUGUGGU